AUGGAUAAAAUCGAAUAUCGUGCGGUGAUUAAGUUUCUCACAAAAGAAGGUGUGACGCCAAAGGAUAUCAAUGAUCGCUUGCGUGCUGUUUAUGGGGUCCUUGCCCCAUCGUAUGCCACAGUAAAACUAUGGGCAAAACAAUUCAAGUGGGGUAGAGAAUCAUUGGAAGAUGAUCCUCAUACAGGUCGACCAAUUGAAGCAAACAGCUUCAGAUGUACAGUGAAUCUAAUUUUUUUGAUAGACAAAAUAACAAUCAAAGUUUGCUCGCGAUGGAUUCCAAGAACGUUGAACAAAUCACAAAAAGAAGAACGAAUUGCUGCUGCACACGAGUUUCUCGAGUUAUUGGAAUGGAAUGAAACGGACACAUUUGAGCGAAUAGUGACUGGCGACGAAACCUGGAUCCACUACUAUGAUCCAGAGCUCAAAUCACAGACGAUGGAAUGGCACAAACGUGGUGAACCAGCAUCGAAAGUGCCACGCAAACAAAUUGCCACAAACAAAGUAAUGGCCUCAGUAUUCUGA